CGUACAAGUGUCCCCCGCCAUGGUGCUACCUGGGCUGUGGCUGCUCCUGCUGCUCCUGCUGCUCCUGCUGCUGGUGGCUGGCGCCCGCUGGCUGCGGGGCCGCCGGAAAGUCUCGAACCUCCGCCUCCCGCCUCUGGCCCCGGGGUUCCUGCACUUUCUGCAGCCUAACCUCCCCAUCCACCUUCUUGGCCUCUCUCGGAAACUCGGGCCCAUCUACAGGAUCCGCAUGGGGCUGCAAGAUGUGGUGGUGCUGAAUUCCAACAGCGCCAUUAAGGAGGCCCUGAUCAAAAAAUGGGCGGACUUUGCUGGCCGACCUCCGAUACCGUAUGAAAAGCUGGAGUUGGACCUGUCACUAGGGGACUACUCCUCCACGUGGAGGACCCACAAGAAACUCUCUCGUUCAGCUCUGAUGCUGGGCAUGCGAGGCUCCAUGGAGCCCCUGGUGGAGCAGCUGACCCAGGAAUUCUGCGAGCACAUGAGGGCCCAGGCCGGCACCCCCGUGGACAUCCACAAGGAAUUCUCUCUUCUCACCUGCGGUAUCAUCUGCUGCCUCACCUUCGGAGACAAGGAUGUCACCUUGGUCCACACCGUCCACAGCUGCGUCCAGGACUUGAUGCAAGCCUGGAGCCACUGGUCCGUCCAAAUCUUGGAUAUAAUGCCCUUUCUCAGGUUCCUCCCCAAUCCUGGCCUCUGGAAGCUGAAGCGGUUCCAAGAGCAUAGGGACCACAUUGUAAGGCAGCAACUGAAGCUGCACAAGGACAGCCUGGUGGCAGGCCAGUGGAACGACAUGAUCGACUACAUGCUUCAGGGGAUGGAGCAGCUAAGGGAGGACAAGGGUGAGGGACAGCUUCACGAAGGGCACGUGCACAUGUCUGUGGUGGACCUUUUCAUCGGUGGCACCGAGACCACAGCCACCACGCUCUCCUGGGCCGUGGCGUUCCUGCUUCAUCACCCCGAGAUCCAGAAGCGACUGCAGGAAGAAUUAGACCUCAAGCUGGGCCCCAGUGACUCCGGCUCCCAGAUCCUGUACAAGAACCGCGCGCAGCUGCCUCUGCUCACCGCCACUAUCGCCGAGGUGCUGCGGCUGCGGCCGGCGGUGCCCCUGGCAUUGCCCCAUCGCACCACCAGAGCUAGCAGCAUCUCUGGCUACGACGUCCCCAAGGACACGAUCAUCAUACCCAACAUCCAAGGUGCCAACCUGGAUGAGACCGUCUGGGAGCUGCCCAGCCAGUUCUGGCCUGAUCGCUUCCUGGAGCCCGGCAGGAGCCCCAGGAGCCUGUCCUUUGGCUGUGGGGCACGCGUGUGCCUGGGAGAGCCUCUGGCGCAGCUGGAGCUCUUUGUGAUACUGGCGCGCCUGCUGCAGGCCUUCACGCUGCUGCCACCAGCGGAUGGCGCCCUGCCCUCCCUGAAGCCCCAGAGUUACGCCGGCGUCAACCUCUUGAUUCACCCCUUCCGGGUGCGGCUGCAGCCCAGGAGGCCGGCGCCCCGAGACCAGGGCCAGAGCCCUUGACGGGACAGGACCAGUGCCAGCCUUGUGCCUCAGUUUCUCCUUUAUUGCUCCGUCGCGAACCCCUCCCCUCCCUCCCCCCCCUGUAAACAUGGUGCUGUGAGGUCGCGGUAGAGAAGGCUUCCUCGGCGAGCCAGGCAGUAGAGGCACACUGGCUCUUCUCCGGGCUCGACCCCUCAGUGCUCGGCAAGUGUGAGCGAAUUGGGCGGCAGGCGGGGCUCAGCUGCCCCCGGUGGGGGCCUGGAAGUUUCUGGGUCUCAGCUUCAUUUCCGUGAAGGGCACCGAGAACUCGAAGCCCUUCCAGUGGUACCAGCUCACUCCCUGAGGAGAGACGGUUGUCGAGGGAGGAGAGUCAAAGCCAGCAGCACAUCGGUUGCGGGCCCCUCACUCACCCCCACCCUGCUCCUGCGAGGGAACCCCCCGGGGACCCCCCCACCUCCCUCUCGCUCCCUGCCUGACCCUCUGAUGCAGAGGACUGAGGCUCCAUCCCGAGCUGGUGCCUUGCGCCCGCUAAAUAAACAGUCUCCAGGCUUC